GUAGCAAUUUGAAACAUGAAGACUACGAUUCUACUGUUUUGUCUUCUAGGAUCAGCUCAGUCAUUACCACAGCUCAACCCUGCUUUGGGACUUCCAACAAAGCUGGCUCCAGACCAGGUAACGCUACUAAACCAACAGCAGCCAAAUCAGGUCUUCCCUUUAAGUCUAAUACCAUUGACACAGAUGCUCACCCUGGGGUCAGAUCUGCAACUGUUAAAUCCUGCUGCAGGAAUGACACCUGGUGCCCAGACCCACCCGCUGACAUUAGGCGGGCUGAACGUGCAACAGCAGCUGCAACCACAGAUGUUACCAAUCUUUUUAGCACAACUUGGAGCCCAGGGUACUAUCCUAAGCUCAGAGGAAUUGCCAGUGGGCUCACCAUUCUUCACGGGCCUCAUCCUCCAUCCUUUGUUCCCGGGAGGCAUCCUGCCCACCAGUCAGGCAGGGACUAAACCAGAUGUCCAGGAUGGAAGCCUUCCUGCAGGACAGACAGGUGCAAAUCCUGCUAUCCAGGGAACCCCAGCGGGCCUUCCAACUCCCAGUGGCACAGAUGAUGAGUUUGGAGUGACCACCCCUGCCAGCAUCCAAAGGGGCACGCACACUGUGGAGGAAACCACCACAGAAUCACCAGAUGGAAUUCAGUAAGCUGUUCCAAAUUUUUUCAACUAAACCUCAGAUUUGGUGAUGCAUGUGAAUCUUUUCAAUUGAUCAUAUUAUGGAAUAGAUUGAAACACACUGUAGAGUCUCAGAAGAAAUUAAUUUUUAGUUUACCUGAAAAUGUUCCUGAAAUUUUAGAAAAUAUAUUCUACCUAGGAAAUACUAACUUCUGAAAAAAAUAAUUAAAUAGAUAAAUUUGUCUUUGAAAUAUAGCGUCAUACCACCUGGGUGAUAUGUAUACUAAAACGUAUUUUGAACACUG